AUGGACCCGCUGUCCGCGGCUGACGUCGUGUUCAACCACGCCGAGCGCAUCAUGAACUUCGUGGCCGCCGCGAAGACGAACACCAAGAAGUGCGACGAGGUGCUGAGGCGGGUGGAGCGCCUGCGGGAGGUCGCGGAGAAGAUUCGGCGGCAUCCUGAUCAGGUGUUGGAUAGGCAGAUCGAGAAUGUGGACAGGGUCAUGGACAAUGCCAACGAGGCCGCCAAGAAGUAUUGUGGCGCAAAGAAGGGCCUGCGCAGGGCUCUAAGGUUCAUAAGGUCGUCCCAGAUCAACAAGGAGUUCGCUGAUCUGAAUGCUUCUCUUGACUCAGUGCUGGAAGAUCUGAUGGCAGCCAUGAAUGCCAACAUGCGCGGUGACAUAUGGGAAGUUCAGACUGAUGUCAAACGGCUGCAAAUGCCCCUGCAUUCGCUUCACACCUGCAUGGCAAACGCCCAUGUCAGCAUCUGCGGGCAGGUGGAAGGUGUGCAUAACCACCUGCGGAGGUGCAUGAGCGACCUCGAGGCAAGGCUUGAGGAGCGGAUCAGUGGCCUGGGGCUCAUUCAGCAGAUGGCCAGAUGUGCAGCGGAGACGUUGCGGAUGCAUCUUCCAGAUCAUUAUAUUAGUCUGGAUGGCAGGGUGGAGGCUGUGAAGUCGAUUUUGCAGGAGAGCAAGGAGAAGGUGGUGGCCCUGGUGGGCAUGGGUGGAGUAGGAAAGACAACACUUGCCAAAGCAGUAUACAAUGACAUGUGGCCCUGUCAGGAAUUCCACAGCAUCGGCUGGGUUACAGUUGGCAGGGAUGCCGACUUGCUGCAGUGCCUGAAGCAAGUGUGGAGGCAGCUGGUGUCCUACGAGUGGGUGCCCUGCUGUUCCUGCACAGAAGACCUCAAGACAGAGCUGCUGAACGCACUGGAGGGCAGGCGAGUGCUGUUGGUGCUGGACGACGUGUGGACAGUGGAUGCCCUGCAAACUCUGAGGGUAACUGCAAGCAACAGCGGCAGCAGGCUGCUGAUGACUGCCAGAAACUCAAAUGUGGCGGUCAUGGUGGGUGCGGAGGUGUACAAAGUGGGUCUGCUGGACAGCAAACAAUCGAGGGAGCUGUUCUGCAGCUGUGCCUUCGGGGUGCCCCAGGUUCCCAGCUGCAAGCUGCAGUACAGCAAAGUCGUGGAGGAGAUGGUGUCGCACUGUGCACAGUUGCCGUUGGCGCUGCAUGUGCUGGGGUCCAUGGCCAAGGGAUACCAGCGGAUGGAGGAGUGGGAGUCCAGCGCCAGGAAGCUGCAUCAGUCGAGGUCGCUGGGGGCCGCUUAUGAGGAUGGCGUGCUUUCCCUGCUGCAGGCGAGCUAUGAUGACUUGGACCAUGCCCAGAAGCGUUUCUUCUUCUGCCUUGUGUGUCACCCCGAGGAUUCCUUGGUACGGGUGUCAGAGCUGGUGGAGCAGUGGGCGGUGUGCCAGGAACCCGAUGACGAAUACUGGGACAGGGAAGACAGGUACCUUGAUGGCUACGCGAUCUGCAUGCAGCUGGUGGACCGUUCUCUGUUUAUGUUGCACACGACGACCGAGUCAGGAGAGGAGACAGACUUGCUGAGCGAAAUGUCGUGCCACAUGCACGACUUGCUGAGGGAGAUGGGGCUGCAGCUAGCAAGGGGGGAUGGCAGGGAUGUGGCCGCCCGGGAGCGGCUGCUGUUUCCUGGGGCGCAGCAGAUCGCGGGAAGGACGGUGAUGGCCAAGGCGCUGUCCAUGUGUGGCAGCGCCAUGGACUCUUGGCCGGAGGGUUUCCUAGCCCCCUGUCUGGAAGUCUUUGUGUCAAGGGGUUCGGGCCUCAUGAAGGUGCCGGCUGGCUUGAUGCAUUCAAGGCGUUUGAGGUUGCUGGAUCUGUCUUACUGUCCUGUCCAGGGGAUAGAAGCGAACAUGGAGCAGCUGUGCAGCUUGGAAGUGCUGAGGCUCGACGGCUGUUAUUGGAUCACAGAGCUGCCUUGCCACAUCUCCAGUCUGAAGCAGCUGACAGUGCUGUCACUUCGUGAGUGUGAAAACCUGUGGAUGCUGCCAGAUUGCUUUGGGGAACUGGGUAGGCUCCACUCACUGUACAUUGGUUGUCCAAGGCUGCAGUCACUGCCCCCGUCGAUCGUUGAGGCUUGCAGCAUGACGCGGCUGGAGUUGGAGGGCUGCCAGAGCCUCGUGUCCCUGCCACUGACAUUAAACCUUCUCAAGAAUCUUCGGCAGCUAAAGCUGGCAGGCUGCUCGAAUUUGGAAUUCGUGCCUGACAGUCUGGGGUCGAUGUGGCAGCUGCAGAUUUUGAGUACGCAUGGCUGCACAAGUCUCACACAAAUUCCCAGCACAAUUAGCCAGCUUGAAAAACUGCAGACGUUGGACUUAGGCUGUUGCAGCAGCUUGGUGCAAAUUCCGGAAGGCAUUGGGAGCCUGCAACUGCUUCAAACUUUGAACUUGGGUGGCUGCACAUGCCUCGAAAGCAUUCCCGACAGCAUUGAUUCUUUGAAGCAUCUCAGGACGCUGAAUCUGCACUUGUGCACCAGCUUGACAUAUCUACCAAAUUCCAUGGGCCGGCUUGAGCACCUGGAGACUUUGGACAUUGGGAGCUGCUCAAAUCUCUUGGAGAUUCCUGACAGCAUUGGAUUGCUUGGGAAUCUACUGGUGCUUGACCUUGGCGGAUGCACACAGCUGGCGCACAUUCCGCAUUGUGUAGGGUCACUGGCCGGUCUUCAAACGCUGAACCUGAGCUGGUGCAGCAGCCUCACACAUGUACCAGAUAGCAUAGGUUUCCUGGGGCACCUGGUGACUCUGGAUUUGGGUGAGUGUGAGGGUCUUACAAGCAUUCCCGACAGCAUUGGGUGCUUGGAACGGCUGCAAGUGCUGGACAUGAGAGACUGUGGGAGUUUGAUGCAGAUCCCUGAAACUGUGGGGUCGCUGGGACAGCUUCGCACGCUUGACCUGGGGGGCUGCCUGAACCUGCAGAACAUUCCGGAGAGCGUGGGGUUGCUGAGCCGCCUCGAAACUCUGAACUUGCGCAUGUGCUCCAGCUUGAGCCACAUCCCCGACGGCGUUGGCUCAUUGGCGCGGCUGCGCACGCUGGAUCUGGGCGGCUGUUGGCGUGUUUCCCGUCUCCCCCGCGCCAUAGGGCAUUUGUCGCAACUGCAGACGCUUGACCUCGGUGGAUGCUGGGGCCUCAGGGAAAUCCCUGACACCGUGACGUCCCUGGGUCGCCUGGAGACGCUGGAUUUGAGCCGCUGCUGCUACCUUGGGCAGAUCCCCGAGGGCGUGGGCUCGCUGAGCCAGCUUCGAAGGCUGUACCUGGGGGGCUGUGAGAGCCUCACCCGCAUUCCCGACGGCGUUGUCGCCUUGUCCCACCUCAGGACGCUGGGCCUGAUGUGGUGCACGAGCCUCGCGUACAUUCCUGAGGGCCUUGGAUCCCUGGCGCAGCUGCAGCCAUUGGAUUUGGAGGGCUGCUCUAGCCUCACGCACCUUCCCGACUGCGUGGCGUCAGUGGGGCAGUUGGAUGCCGAAUUUUGGUGA